UGGGAAUGCCCAGUGCUGCAGUUACUGAUGGUCUUGCAUGAUCUGAUAGUGUGUAACACAAGGCAGUAGAGGUCUGAGCUGACAACAGGAGGAAAGACAAAGAAAGGAAUCACAUCAGGGUGACAGACAGUGGGGCAGAGACAGAGAUUGCAAGAGAUAAGUCAGUCUGACUGUACAUAUGUCCCUGCUGUCCCAAGUGUGUAGUGGAAACAUUUCCUGGACUGAUGCAUUUUCUUUUGGUGGAUUUCAUCACAGGGGACACUUGCAGAAACAAGACAGGAGCAUGCUGUGGAUUUAUUGAAGAGAGUCUGAGAUGUGUAUAACUGUGCCCCUGAGAUCCUCUUGCUAAUGAGUUGCUUGGGAUGCCAGCAUUUAAAGUAAAACUGCAUGUGAAGGGAUAACACUUCUAGCUGUAUUUGCAGACUUGUGAUGUGCUCUACUACACCAGUAGGCUCUCAGAGACGCAGGCUUUAAGCAGGCUGUUUUCUUCCUUUUUAUUCAGGUAACGAAAAAGGCUCUCCUAUUCCUUCUGGUGCUUGCAAGGUUUACUGCUUCCAAGUGCAGAGACAUGUUAGAUAUUAAGCCCAUUUGCAGUGAAAGGAAAAACCAUGGAAAAAUCGAGUAGUGAGGAGUCCUCAAUUCACCAGAGCCCCUCCUUAGACAGCCAGGACUCAGAUUUUGCUAGACCUUCUGGUUCAGGCAAACAGUUUGGCAGAGGUUUUACAGCUGGGGCCUUCUAUGGCACUGCUGGGUCACGGGCGCCCAGCCAGUCUGGGGCAGGAACUGGCAUAAAAAGUGAAAAGUACAGUGCACCUAAGGGCAACAAGUACGUAGUCUUUUACCUGGAUCUAUCCUUUGUUUUCCUCCUAGAAUUCAAGAAGUGCAACAUGGCAAGGGGUUGCCUCUGCUGUCUGAAGUACCUCAUGUUUCUUUUCAACCUGAUCUUUUGGCUGUGUGGCUGCGGACUGCUAGGAGUUGGGAUAUGGCUUUCAGUGUCCCAAGGCAACUUUGCUACCUUUUCUCCAUCCUUUCCUUCCCUCUCAGCAGCAAACCUGGUGAUUGCUGUGGGGACAGUCGUAAUGGUGACAGGCUUUCUAGGCUGCCUGGGUGCUAUCAGGGAAAAUAAGUGCCUCCUUUUAAGUUUCUUCAUUGUUUUGCUUCUUAUCCUACUAGCAGAGUUAAUAUUACUCAUUCUCUUCUUCGUCUUCAUGGACAAGGUAGAUGACAAUGCCAGAGAAGAUCUGAAGAAAGGACUCUCACUAUACAACACAGAGAACAAUGUCGGACUCAAGAGUGCAUGGAACAUUAUUCAAGCAGAGAUGCAGUGCUGUGGUGUGGAUAGCUAUGUUGACUGGUUCCCCGUCUUGGGGGACAAUGUUGUUCCUGAUCGCUGCUGUAGGGAGCACUUCCAGGAUUGUGGGCGCAAUUCAACCAACUUAAUAUACAGAAUGGGUUGCUAUGAAGAACUUAAACGCUGGUUUGAUGGUAACAAACAUGUUCUUGGUACAAUUGGGAUGUGUAUUCUUAUCAUGCAGAUUUUGGGCAUGGCCUUCUCGAUGACACUUUUUCAGCAGAUUCACAGAACUGGAAAAAAGUACGAUGCUUGAGUCUUCAGAACAGAAAACUUUAGCAAAUCAUCAUCCCUCAUCCUCCACUACCAACUUUGCACCUGACAAGAGGUUUCCGGAAAGCUGUUUUCUGUGCUUCCCCACACUACUUCUUAACUGUUUGACUGGUUACCUGCACAAUUAGUGAUUCGUCUCAUACUCAUUGUUUUAUUUGCCAAAGAGAAAGGAAGUGAAACUGUUAGCAAAAUUUAUUUUUGUUUGCUGCAGACUGCCUGCACAGUUUACCUUUGCUGUGUAUUAUGGCUUCACAAACUAGUAUCUGCAGAAAGGGGAAAAAAAAAAAAAAACAGUGCUCAGCUGUAUUAACACAUGUUGAAAUGUACAAGAGGAAGGGACAGAAGAAGUUUGUGGUGGAAGAAAGAUUUAUUUUAUUUGUAAAUGUCUUUUGGUGGCAUUGGACUGUUGUGGGCGUUAAAACAGAUUUAAUUGCUUGACUCAAUAUCCCAGUUUGAGAAACAGAAAUUAAAGAGGGCCAGUCAACAUGUUACUAUCUACAUAUUUUGUACAUUGUGAAUUCUUUAUAUUAUUGAAGAUGUAUAGGGGUAGCUUACUUUCUAACUUGUAAACAAAAAGGGCAACUUUAUUUUUAAUUGUUAUGAACUAUGAUCACAAAACCACUGUGUGUGUUCUUUGUAUGUUGAACCUCUGGAGCAGAGGGUAUGAAAAAUGUUUUAGGUCAUCAACAUUUCAUGGGAGAAAACCAUUCCUGAAACUUUCACUAGCAGAAUGGAUUUGUUCUUCAGGAAUGGUGUAUUCUCUGCCCUGGAUUGCUGUAUCCGCUUUUUAAGAUGGCAUAUAUAUAUAUUAUCAAGUCUGUUGUUACAGUCCAGCCCCUACUGGAGGUGCAACAUUUCAUCCUAGGUUCCACUUUUAACAAAAUUUUAUAUUUGAAGAAGUAAAUUCCUGCAGUAUCAGAUGACAUUUGACACUGGGUGGGUAGGAGGCUUUAAGCUAAUUUUUCAUUCUUGAACCGAGAACUACUAAUUGCAGCACAGAAAACCAGACUGUACAAGGUUUAAACUUCAUUAACACUUGCCCAAGGAAGUUUACACCAUCUGUUAGUGGUCCUGUCAGCUUUAGAAAGUGGGUAACAUUUGUGGAUAAAAAUGAAAUUUUGCAUCUCAGUUGAGCCAUUUUGGUUUAACUAAAUUAUAUAAGGAGUUCCUCCAUGCAGGUGUUCACAGAACAGUGAUAAUGUAUAGUGGAUGUUAGUGUAGUUGCGUAAAAAUAAAUUAGUGUUGCUGUGAACUACAGGUAAGGCAGUGUUACCGUGUUUCAGAAGCACAAGUAGACCAAAGAAAGCCCUUCCGAAUUUCAGCCAGCUUUUGAGAUGUUUAAAACCCUUUUCUUAACAACUUUGAUGAAACACAAAUGGAUUUUUAUGAAAUUAGAGCUGAAAUGCAAAGUUAUGGUUUGUCAUGCAUUAUAGCUGCUCUGCCCUUUGCCUUUAGUCCACAGUUUUUCCCAGGCUCUCAGACCUGCAGUGACUGUUUUUCUUGAUCUAAUCCUUUAAAGUUGACUACAGUUCUACAAACUGUUCCCCCCUGGUAAGGUGUUCUUCUGCAGUACCCCUCCCAGUAUGUAGUAGUAGAGCCUUCUCUUCUCCCCCUCACACCUUUGUCCCACUGUUCAUAGCAUGCAAGCUCCAGUUUCCUUUGUUAAUCCGAACUGUAUUAGCACAUACUGCUGUCCAUCUCAUAUUUCAGCCUGGAGUUUCCUGGAAUAAUAUAGUUAUACAUGCAAUACUUGAUGUACAUCUGCGUGAAACACACAAUAACCAUUUGAAAUCUUGGGACCUGUUUUGCUGGAUCUCAAGAUGUGGAAACUGAAUGACGGAGUACCCUGACUUGCAUAUACUAAUUCCAAGAUUGCCAUUUCUCUGAAUGUUCCCCUUUGUCCAAAGUUCUAAGGAGAAGAGCGAUGGUUAACAUCCGUUCUUUUAUUUCUGGUAUCUCUGGACUUUGUAAGGUAAGUCUUGAGAUCUCAGUAAUGGAACCCAUUUGUGUCCUGCAAAAUACAGGUUUUAAGAGCAAUAUACAAUAUUUGCUCUUCUCCUGGACUUUAAAUCUUUUUUUUUCCACCAGUACUUUGGGACUGGGCAAAGCGAGUCUCGAGAUUUCAAUAGGCAGCCCAUUUGCACAUUUAGGUUACUGUAGAAAAGGGGAGACAGGCUUGUGUUCAGCACACUAAUGAUCGACUCAUUAGUGUGUGACUGACAGCUUUGUGCACCAAAGAUCAAGGUUGCAGUGUCCUAGAGGGUCCUCUUUCCCCCAAAAUGGUAUAACCUCAGAGCUGGUAUAUAAUUGUGGUGCAUGUUGGGGUAGGUGCAACUCACACACCCACACUCAUGGUGGAAGGGCAAAACACUUUUUCCUUAGGUUUUCACAAUGAAUGUUUUUCGCUUUGAAGUGACUUCACUGUUUUGUGAUCUCAGGUUUAGCAGUCAAUCAAAAAGGGAGUCAAAACUAUUUUCAGAGAGCCAUAAAACAGGUAUCCACCAACAAAAAUCCCAUGUAUUGCUGUUUUAAUUUGGGCUACAGUAUCCUUGUAGUUGCUGUCACAUGGCUUGUGAGGGUGGGAGCCUGGAUGCAAGAACAACUCCCAUUCUUUCUGCAUCAGAGAAGGUAUGACUGUCCCACCCUGCAGAGCUACCAUGCUUUUAAAUCAUGGACCACACUACAUUGGCAGCAGUGUAUUAAUAAGAAGAGAGUGAUUUUGGAUUCAUUGUAAAGAUGUGUUUCAGCAUUUUGCCAUUAAUCUGCCUCCAGGACAUCGUCAGUGGGAAAACGAAGGCAAAGUGACAGGUAAAUUAUGUUGUAGUUAGUAACAUUGGGGGCAAUUCAGUGUGUGAAGAGUGAAAACACACUGUAUUCUUUAACAGAGUUGACAAAGAGAGGAUUUUAUUUUGAAAACGAGGCAUUUUUACAUUCUUAUUAGUAGCUUCAGAUUAGAAUGGCAAGGAGUGUACACAUAGUAAUAGAAGCAGAAUGUACCAGAGGCAGCUGUGAUAAAAAUAUAAUGUUUUGCCAUUGUUCUCAGUUUACAUCAGUCAGUGUACAUUUUUACUACGGAGGUAGUGUGCUGUGCUGUGCUGGCUGUUUAAAUAAAUGAAGCGUGCUGCCUUCAGAUGUCAAAAUUGAUGUUAGUAUCUUUACAACUGGCAUAUAACGUGUACAGCAUGCAAAGGGAAUCAUUUUAUAACACUAAUCCUUUGCUGACUGGAUUUAGUACUGUACUUUUAUGUACAAUUAUAGAAGCACUUGCUAAUUCAGAAUACUUAGGCGCAUAAUAUUGCUUAGAAAUGUGGAUGUAGCUGCAGCCCAGAGUAAGUAAAUGAAACAACAUUUUGACUUUCCUUUGCAGUUAUGCUCUGCUAAAGUAAUGUAACAGGAAUGAAAUAUAUAUUGAUUGUCUAUUAAUAAAACUCCAUAUAGUUGGACCCUGUGUAUCAAAUGUUCAGUCCACUACUCAAACUUGACAUAUUCAGACCCUGUGUAUCAAAUGUCUGUCUUACAGAGUGUAAUAUGUAUGGUAAAUAUACGCAUCAGUGGAGCACAUUAACAGUGUAGGUAAAUAAUUACACUAUUACCAGCAAUCUAGUAUGGUGGUGGUGCUGCAGUAGCGUUGUCGCCUCACAGUUAGAUGUUGCCCGUUCGAUUCUCAGUUAGAGCGUCUUCUGUGUGGCGACAUGCGUGAAUGGGCAUUCCUUCAUUGAAGGUUGUGCAUUAGACCCGGCAAGCCAGCACGUAAAAAUCUACUGCCAAUCAUUAGCGGACUGGAGUUCCGCUGUGGCGACCCCUAACCGGGAAAAGCCGAAAGACACAACAACCAGCAAUCUAGUACAUAGUAUGCUUAGCAUUUUGGGGAUCUGAGGGGCUGUCUGGGUGACAGUGUUACACAGGGACUGUUGUAGUGAUAUUGUCUAACAGUAUAAGUAGGGACUCACACCUUUACCUAUACAGUUAUAAAACCUCAGAGUCAGUAUAGUUAUAUAUGGAUGUGGGGGAGAUCUCCUAUCUUAUUUGUGCAGUAAAACACAUCAUUGCCUAUAAGAUUCGGGGGGGGGGUGGCAAUUUAACAUGUAGAUCAUGAGGAAUUCACUUUGAUGAGCACACAGAUAACUCCUUCACUUUAUUCAGGGGUUGAGGAUUGUUACUAAACCAGAAACUCCUAGAGUAGAGUGGAGACACAGUUUCCUCUACAGGUGUUUCUGUCCGAAUUGCCUAUGUAGCACUUGUUAGUGAUGACGGCCCUCACUGAAAUGACCCUUAUAACUAAAGAGGGAGUCAUGAGUGGGGGGUGGACACUGUUGUUGGAUUGGCAGCUAUUAACAAUGCAGAAGAUGAAGCAUACAUGUGAUGAGGCGGAAGAGUAUUACGUAUAACAGGAAGCGUCUAAAUGUUUUCUAUCUCUCAAUGGAAGUAUUCAUUUUAAAAGUGGAGUCUUUUGAGAUAACAGAUGAGCAUAUUAAAGCAAUCUAUUUUUUGCCACAUUGCCUGAUCAGGCUUGCAAGAAAUAGUUUGUCGAAAGUGUAGUGACAUUUUGUAUAUCUGUUUAACAAAUAGCCAGAGUGAGGGUGAUUUUUAUGAAUUUGUAACUCCACUUCUGCAGUAAGAAUACAGAACAAUUCCAACGGAAGUACCUUGUCAUCAUAGCGGUCCUCAUUACAUUGCUGUCAAACAUAUAGUUUUAGAAUGCAGACCCAUGACUGGGAUCUGUGCUGGUACAUGGCACCAUUAAAUGAUACAAGAAGAGUUACAAACAGGAGAAUGCAGAACUGGGCUGCCACAAUGUUUGUGCACUUUGAAAUGUUUUUUUUUUUUUCUUCUUAGUUCAAUUCCAAAACAGAUGCAUGGUAUCUUAUAGGGCGUUAUGGUACAUGCAUGUACCGACACAUUCCUGAAAACAUACCAUGAGUAUGUCUGCUGCUUCUUUCUGAUCACUGCUACCCUUUUGGUUGUUUUCUGCUACUGUUACAUACAUUUAUAUAUAUGCUCAUUUUGUUGCUUUUCAAAAGAUGGUAUGAAUGAAAACAAAUUGAAAAGCUCUUUGCAACUGUUUUUGUAGUACUCAUUAUUGACUUUGAUCUCAUUAUGAGUCUAAAAAUAUUUAGUGUUCAUGUAGUUAUGUUUACUGCUUUGCAUUUACAGUAGUAGACAUGCCGUGUACACAACCUCAGUCCUUAACAUUAUUUAUCUGCAGAUGUUUUGUUUGUUUUUGUAAGGUGGCAGGGGACAACAUUUCCUAUACCUUUAAUGAUCAUAUUAGUGGCUAUUUCUUGCACUGUUUUGCAGCCCUAGUAGACUUGAGGUAACAUGUUAGAAGUCAUUUGACAUACCUAUCAGGGUGGACCUGCCUUUCUGACUGGUUUGGUUCUUUAUCUCUAGGACUUUAGGCUCCAUUCUUUAAGCACUGCCACUCUUGGGUCAUCAGGCAACAUCUACCUUGGGCUUUCCUUCAUUUGUGAGGACAUGAGUUGUCAUUUUUGUAUCUCAACAUGCAUGUACAAUUUAAUAUAUAAAUAUAUAUUUUUUUAUAAAUGAACAUUAGGUAUAGAUUAGCAGACACGUUUCAAAUAUAUAGACAACAUAAUUUAAUGGAGGAAAUACCUAAUCAUUGAGUAGUUCAAUCUUUGGUAUAUUUUAAAAAUAUUAGCUGAUCCCUGCCCUGCUAAGCUGCCCUCUUCUUUAAGUAUUAUCAGAACUUGUUAACUUAUGUGUCAAAAUUAUGUUUGCUUCCAAAAAUCUUCAUUCAUAUCAUCAUAUUGCUGGAGGUGAGCACAAAGUGAGCAACUUUUUUCAUAUUAGUAGAACUGGGGACCACAUACGACUGAGAGCUAAGUUGGAAUACAGUUCAUCUUUUAAGUUAACCAGAGUAAAUCCAAACUGUGAAGCACGUUUGCUGCUAUAUAUGAAUUUUUGAAAAAUCAAAAAGCAGAUAAGAAUAUGCAAUGAAUUUGCUAAUUAAACAGAUGGUCUCAUUCUUUCGGCAGCAACCAGUUCUACUUCACCUACUUGUAAUCUGUUCAAAUGAUGAAGGUUUGCAACAUGUUGUACAGUUGUGUUGAACCAGGAUGGAAUCACACAGUGGUUACAUUUUGUAUAUAUAUAUAUAUAGAAACUUUUUAUCACUGUGACAUUGAACAAGCAUAAGUCUGUGUGAAUGGAAUUGCUCCAAGUUUUGAGAAAGAAGUGGGUGGAUAUCAUAAUUUGGGCAGUAAGAAAACUUUCUGUCACUAUAUGAUGGUGACUAAGCUUUGUCAGAGAAUUUUCUUUUUUUCUACGUUACACAUGUUACAAUGAAUUAUAGUUGGCUUCUCUGCUGAGAACUAGCGACCUUAUUUACAAUGUUUGAAUACAUGGAUAAACAGUGGUUAUUGCCUUGACCCACCUGCCCAUUUUUGGCCACCAUCAUGUAUUUGUGUUUCUUUUGUAAUAAUAGCCUGGAAUUAAUUCUGUAAGUAAAAGUGCAUGUGAUGGAUAGCAAAGAAAUACCAUGCACCUGCUUGGAAAUGGUUUAGUUUGGGGUGAGUAGAGUGACUGAAAAAAAGCACUUUGGGAAAGGUACGCCAGGUUGUUCCAGGCAUGACAGGACCAGCUCUGAAAAAGAGCAAAUUAUUCAGAUUUGCUGCUUUAAACCUGCAGGGAGGAAUCCACUUGUACCCCUCCAGCUAAAAGAAAGUAUAAAAUUCAAGUUUGUUAUUGAUAUUCAAGCUAUGCAAGUUGUUUAUUUUGACUGACAAAUUUGAAAACAAGAACCUUAUAUUUGAGAAUUAUUUUCAGACUUAAAAGAGUUCAGAGAGAGACCUGUUCAGCCCAUUAUAACUCCUGGUUUUGCUUUUCAACAAAGAUGUAGGAUGAAAGAACCAGCUGGGAUCAUUUCAGAACCUUUCACAGCAACAAGAGAAUCUAAAAAAUAUUUUUGAAAGCGUUAAUUUUGAGGUAUAUUUAUCACAUUAGAAAAAUUGUUUUUGAAGCUGUACAGGUUCUGCCAGCUGAUUCUUAUCCUAUAGGUAGGCUGGGGUAGUAAGAUUAAAAAAGGAGACAGAAAUGCAAGUACUUUUUUUUAACUAUUCCUGUACAUUAAGUUCUAUAAUUUUUCUGUUGUAUAGUUGCUGCUGUAACCAUAUUGUUGCAUUAUUCUAGUCUUUUAAAAAACAGCGCAGUAAAGUUAUUCUACUGUCAGGAUUACCAUCAGUAUACUCUUAUAAUGUUAUGUUGUACUGCUACCAAGACAGUGUUAGACCUUUAUCCUGAUAUUAGCAUUUCACUGUUAAAGCAUUAUUCUGUUGUGUUAAUAUUGCAGUGUCAUUGUUAUGGCAUUAUCUAUGGUCAUUGUGUUGCCAGCACAGACUGUAUAUUAUUUGUGUGUCAGGAUGUUGUCACAGCACUCUUUGUGCCAUUAUUCCAUAGCAACUAUGCUGUUUCAAUAGCAUCGUACCAUUAUUCUGAUGUCAGGAAUUUGCCAUAAAACUAUUACAGUGUUAUUCCAUAGUCCAUAUGCCAUCAACGAGUGAAAGUCUGAAUAUUGCUAUGAUAUUGACGUACUGUUCAUUUAAUGUUAAGGCAUUGCUUUAUUUCUGUUGUAGCAUUAAUCCAAAGGUCAGAAUGUUGCCAUAACAGUUUUGCACCAUUAUUUUCAAGUCUGUGCGUUGCCUUGACACUGCUGUAGAUGUACCAUUAUUCUGAUAACCAAGAUGCUCAUGUUAAGUCUUUUCAGUCAGACUGGGUUGUUCUUUUUUCUCCAACAGUAAAUCUUGUUAGAGUGCAUCAUUAAAGUGCAAUAUAUGGCUGAACAGUGCAGGCCAUGGCUAUGUUAUCAUUUUAAUGGUUCCUUGUCAAGCUUACAGAUAGUUAAGGCUGGAGCCCUUUAAUGAAAACAUAUGCAUAUUACGCCUGGGUUUACGAGUUAAGCAACUGUAGCACCAUACAGACUCAUCUGAAGGUUAUUUCGCUUUGUAGUAAUAAUUCUGAAAUAACACAAAGGCUUUAAUUUGUACUUUAAGUAUACAAUUUUUGUAAAUGGUUUCAACAGUUCACAAAAGGCAGAUGAUGUUUUGGGGAGUUUAAUAAAAGCAUUUAUGUUUUCCAUCCCCAGUUCAACUAUAUUUUACUUUUUGCCCACUGUGGUGCUACCAGAUGGUUGUACUUAGAAGAACUCCUUUUUUAUUUCUUUCUACUCAAUGUGUCUUUUUGUUCUCUAACUCAAUAUUUUUAGCAUGAAUAUUUUAAUUUUUCUUGAAUACAUGGCAUAGAUACUUAAUAAAAACAUUUUUCAGUA